AUGGUGGUCAACGGAGGGCCAGAAAUCAUUAUCACAGCAACAGAGAGGAUGUCGGGCCGAGGUCAUGAGGCAGAAGAUAUCUUGGCAGACAUUUGGGAGAGGCGGCGUGCAAAAUCUAGUGGCAACGAAACCAGAUCAACGGCGCCCCUGCAGCUUCAAAAUGAGGGUGUAUACACUACUCCAAGUGGGCCAACGUCGGUCGACGUGACCUUGAACAUGAAUUUAGUCGGCCGGCUUGACAUCGCGGAUCGUUUCCAGAGUCGAUGGCGAGUUGUGGCAAGUGGAAAGGAUGAGCGUUAUAGCAACACGUGUGUGGGUACCUGGCACGGCGGGCAGGUUAUCCCACAAGGUCGGCCAAUAAACCGUGGAUUUUUGUGGCUCAACACACUCAAAGUCGCAUGGUCAUACUAUCAUGACACCCUUAUAAUCAGCAAUCAGGCGGCAGUCGAACAGGAAAUGAUGCUUGGCGUGGUGGUCGAGCUGUUUGGACAUGACGAAAGCUGUUCCUUUGCUGCGAACCUACUGAGUGUGGCGAGAUGCAGGCUCGGCUCAGAAGAGUCAAGAGAGGGCGGGAUGAAACCCAGAUGUCGUUUUGUCGGGGAAGAUGACCCGGCCCAUGUGGAAGCAGCAAGACGAACCGCGCACUGA